AUGUACUGUUUCUUUAAUUUCCUUAUCUUUCAAUCUCAACAGACAUCAGGUGCUGAUAACUCAACCCUCUCCCACGAUGUACACUUCUGGCUCGGCAAUCAGACGACACAAGACAAGAAGGGGGCAGCCGCUAUCUUGACGGUAACCCUCGAUGACCAACUCGGAGGCAAAGCUGUUCACCAUAGAGAAGUACAAGGACAUGAGACUAGUAAAUUUUUGGGAUAUUUUCGACCUGCUAUAAGGUAUUUGGUAGGAGGGAACGAAUCAGGAUUCAAUGAAGUGGAAACUAAUGCUGGAGUAGAGAAGAGACUUCUUAAGUUAUCCGGAUGUGACAACAUGAGGAUUGAAGAGGUGCCCCCAGAAGCUUCGUCGCUGACAAGAGACCACUGUUUCAUCCUAGAAGUAGACCACGACAUCUUCGUGCUGGUUCCAGAAGGAGCUAAGGCGACACAAAAGAGAAAAAUCAUCAGCGUUGCCAACAAAUUGCGUGAUGAUUACCACAACGGAAGGGCUACAAUUGAAAUUAUUGAUGAAUUCUCGCCCAACGAUGACUACGGUCUGUUCUUCGAAGCUCUUGGCUCCGGUUCCAAGGAUGAGCUAAUCGAUGACGAGGACAUACAGACAUUUACACGCACGAGUGCAUCAACCGUCUACUUCUACAAAGUGGUUGUGGGUGAUGAACUCGAACUUGAAGAAUUAAAUAAGCCAUUCAAACAGAAACAACUUAGCUCUGAGGAUGUGUUCAUUUUGGACACCCCGUGCUCAGGAAUUUACAUAUGGCUCGGAAAUGACGUCGAUGAAGAUAUCAAGAAGAAUUACAACGAUAUCGUGCAGAAGUUUUUAGAAGAUAAAGAAUACCCUUCUUGGAUGCACGUGACGAGAUUGGUAGAAGGGGCUGAGAGUAGUGCUUUUAAGCAAUAUUUCCACAAUUGGGAUUCAGUAAUGCCUUCCAGCAGUUCUGUCAGAUCCAUCGCUUCUGACAUUGAAAGUGGAUACUUCUCCGGUGACGCCGACGAUUCGAAUGCAGUUGCCAAAUUUAUUGGCAAAAGUGCAGCCGCCAGAAGUUACAUGCCAGACCAGGGCGCUGGAUCUCUUACCAUUUUCAGAGCCGCAGAGGAAGCAGAAGAUAUAACGGAGAGUCAAGCAGACGCACCAAAACUGUACCAAAGCGAGGUGUAUGCUGUGAGAUAUGAUUACAAGGACGAAAACGAUGAAAACGCCACUGUUGUGUAUCUGUGGAUCGGCAAAGACGCUGACGACGACGCUAAGUUAGGUGGUGUCAAAGCCGUUUCUGCAAUCGAAGAAGAAUUAGAGGGGAAUGUUACCGUGGUGAAGAUACCACAAGGAAAAGAAAUAAGACACUUCCUGAACAUAUUCAAAGGGCAACUCAUGAUACUUUGCGGUGACAAGGAUAACGAAUACAAGACAGAAAAUUUCAAAAAAACAUUUGACGACGACAGCGUUCGACUUUUCAGAGUUGAGGGCACGAAGUUAGGAGGCGACAUGCGAGCGACCCAAGUUGAAGAAACCUCAAGUUCCCUCGAAGAUGACGACGUAUUCAUAUUGGAGACUGCUGAGCAAGUUUACUUAAGGAUUGGGAAGGAGUCAAACGAUAAGGAACAAGAAGCUGCAAAGGGUUUCGUGUCUCUACUAAUUGGGGACGAGAAAAAGGUCACUGAAGUGCAAGAGGGAGAGGAACCUGAGGAGUUCUGGGAGUUAUUAGGUGGUGCCCCUGAUGAAAAAGAAGAUCCCUCUCGCUGGAAGCUAAACGUCAACCGGCGUGUCACCACACCGCCCACACUCACCGCCGUCACCGUCACCGCCUCUAAAAAGAUCAAGUUCGAGGAGCUACCGCCUGAUUUCAGCCAGACGGACCUUUCCGAUGAUGGUGCUUAUGUCCUUGACAAUGGCGAGGAGCUUUAUUUGUGGCUGGGCACGAACAUCCCUGACCGUGUCAAGGCAGCCAGACUUGACAUCAUAACUAAAUACAUAGAAGACGACGGUUUAGAGCGCACCGUUGAUUCCGCCAUUGUUGUCACUUUGAAACAAGGGAAGGAGCCCUCGACGUUCAAGAAAAUGUUCCCGAGCUGGGAGGACGAUCUGUGGAAGAACCAAACUUCUUACGAUGACAUCAAGAACGAAACGAAAGCUAACAAUUCUUAAUAAAAAAAAGCAACCUGUACCUUUCUCUCCUGACACGUAGCAACCAUGCCAGACAAGGACAAAACAUCUGUUAUUUAUAUGUUUAUUGAA